UCUAUAAAUACGAACGAAAGAAAUAGAGAGAGGCGAUGAAAAUGUUGAGGACGGCGGUAACGAGAUUACUUGGGUUCAGAUUGGGGCGACGGGCUCUGUCGGCGGCGGCGGCCGAGCGAGGGUACCACGAGAGGGUGUUGGACGACUUCUUCUGGAACAGAGUCGGAUGGUUAGACAAGAACGAUCCCUCGGUUGGUACUGGGAUCGUCCGCGAUUUGAGAUGCGUCAAUAUGACGAAGCUCCAGAUCGAGGUUGACGAUGCCACCGGGAAGAUCGUGAAUGCCUGCCACGAGACCGUUGGUUGUCGCAUCUACCAUGAAUCAUCUUCUCUCGUUACAGAAUGGGCGAAGGGGAAAAAUCUAGAGGAAGUGAUGUCCAUCAAAACCAAAGAAAUUUCCAAGUACCUUUAUCCUGCCCUAGUGAAGCUCCUCCCCCUCUGGUUUCGAUUGGGCACAAUCGAUGGUCCAGAGGAUUUACACUCUUUGGAAAAUGUAGGGGACGCAAUCAAAGAUGCUGAGUUCGCUAUCAAAGCUGCCGUGGAAGACUACAAAGCAAAGAAAGCCAAGGCAGCUGUUGAAAAUCCUCAGAAUUUUGGUUUGUUCGAUGAGAAAGACUCAUCUGUGGGCACGGGGGACGCCUUCGCAUGCCAUGAUCAUUGCCUUGUCAAGUUCCAAAUCAAGGUUGCCAGCGAGAUCAUCUCUGGCGUUAGAUACAAGGCCUUUGGCUGUGAGGUUGCUAAAGCAUCAUCCUCUAUUGCUUCGGAAAUGAUACGUGGAAAAAAACUAAACGAAGUUAUCACUUUUACAAAUGGGGAGAUCAUAUUUGCAACAAAGAAGAUUAUAAGGUUUAUUCGUGUACCUCCCAUACAAUACCAAUGCGUGCUAGCGCCGAUUGCCAUCCGAGCUGCUGUCUUGGAUCAUAUAUCCAAGAAGUAAUUAGGUUAGUGUGGUUAAAACUAUUUGGUAUUUUUACACUAGAAACUAGAAAACACUGAGGUAAUUGUUAUUGAGUUGGUGGGUGCUAAUAUAUAUAGUUCUGGUGA